AUGCAAAGAGAUCCCAGACAAAGCACGCCUCUUGAGGCAGCGAGGGGGACCCACCCAAACACUUUUGUCAGGGACAUUACGCAGCCUGAAGAGUUCAAAGUCUACACUGACUAUGAUGCUUAUGCACAUAGUACUGGUGAAGAUGAAAACAAGGUCAAUCUCGCUGAAGGGGAGGCUGAUUCCAACACCGUUUCCGCAGGUAAUGACCAAAAUCCACCAAGUAUGCACCCUGCUGCAUCAAUUCUUGAAUACGAUCAGGCUAAUACCUAUAAAGACCUAUCAGGCCGUCGUUCACAGACAGCCGAUCCCCCCUUGAUCUCACCAACUCCUUCGACACCCACCUCAGGCCCCAGCACCCACCCACCGGCACAGCUACCUCUCCCGCAAUUCCAACCUGCCAGCACGCAAGUUGGAAACCCAACCCAACCACCAGCAACGCCAGCUCCAAACUACCCGCUCCCAAUACCACGGCAUCCACUUCACGAGACCAUCCCUGGCAUGACGCUGGGAUGGACAACGUGCAACACCGACCAUCGAAGACACGCCGCAAACACGAAAGACAGUGUAGGUACGAUCUGCCACCUCCUCGCCAACGUCACUGCUCGCGUGUGA